AUGGAACAAGAAGCCAAACAAGAGCUCAAGGGAUUUAUGACUUGUGUGACUUGUAUGGACUAUGGAGAGAAGCAACAGAUCAACUUGGGAAGUAACAGAUCAACGUGUGGGCCUCCCAUCACCAGACUAGUGUACCCCAAGAAAGGCCUGGAACAUAAAAAGGAUCUCCAGCAACUCUUCUUUCAGCCAGGGCAUUUGCAAUAUACUCCUGAAUCCCUCUAGAUGGAGCUGUCCUCACAGCAUGAAGGACUGAAGGAGUUAAUAAAUAAACAAAUGCGUCCUUUCUCCCAGGGGAUUCUGAUUCUGUCUAAAAGCUGGGCUGUGGACCUGAACUUGUGAGAGAAGCAGGCAAUCAUCUGUGAUGCCCUACUGAUAGUACAGAAUAGCCCUCCCAUGCUAUAUAGCAUUCUCAGGGAGCAGGAUGCAGCGGGGCAGGACUACUGCACCCAUGCUGCCUUUACUUUGAAGCAGAAGCUGGAAAACACAGGUGGCUACACUGGAAAAGUGCAUGUCAGGACCAAGGUCCUCUGUCUGAGUUCUGAGAGCAAUGCAGAGUCCUUGAAGGGUUCAGGCUCUAUGAUAGGUUACCCAGGGUCCUAUAACCUUGCAAACACCCAACAAAUGGAAGCCUUGCUGCAGUCCCUCGUAAUUGUCUUGCUUGGUUAAUCUUUCUUGAGUGACCAGCUCAGGUGUGAGGUUUUAAAUCUGCUCAUAAGAGGCUGGCUGAAAGAGAGAGAGAAAGAAAGAAAACAAGAAAGAAAAGCAAAUCUGCUCAGAGAAUUGUUUGUCCAUGGCUUACCUGGCUCAAGGAAGACAAUCAUGGCCAUGAAGACCAUGGAGAAAAUAAGGAACAUGAUUCACUGUGAGGCAAAUAAAAUUCUCUACAUUUGUGAAGAACAGCCUCUGAGGACCUUUAUCAGAACAAGAUUCCUGUUGGGAAAUUGAAUGGCUGCUGAGAAAAUGAACAUCAUUAUUGAUUUGGAAACUAACUAUGCUGAGCUCGUUCUGGAUGUGGGAAGAGUCAUUCUUGGGGAGAAGGAUAGAAAAAAAAUGGCAAAUAGUCAACUGAGAAAAAAGCAAAAUGAAGAAGUCAUACAAGCUGUGUGUGCUGCACUGAAUUCUGGAGGGGGAGUGAUCAAGGCUGAAAUUGAGAAUAAAAACUAUCGUUACCAAAAAGAUGUAACAGGACAAGAUUUGGAAAAUUCUUUUUGUAAUAUUGUGUCAUUUGUCCCCAAAUACCUAGACUUCAUGCAGAAAGAUCACUACUUUCUGAUUUUUGUGAAAUCAUGGAGCUUGGAAACCUCUGGUCUUUGAAUUGCCACCUUGAGCUCCAAUUUGUACAAAAGAGAUAUAACUUCUGCAAAUGUCAUGAAUGCAGCUGCUUCACUGGAGUUUCUCAAAGUCAUAGAAGAAACUAGAGGGAGAUCUCGUUUAAGACCAAAAUUGCCUGCAAAGAGGGCUCAUAUUGAUGCACAAGAAGAAAAUAAUGUGGAAGUUUUGGCUGCUGACUUUUUUAACAGGACAAAACUUAUAUACAAAGAAAAGUUUGACUUUACCGAAUCCACACAUAUUGAAAUUAAAUACUUCUCAACAGGAAAGUUGUUACAACGCAUUAAAGAGAUUCUCCCUCAGUAUGUUUCGGCAUUUGCAAAUACUGAUGGGGGAUAUUUGUUCAUUGGUUUAAAUGAAAAAGAACAAGAAAUAAUGGGCUUUAAAGCAGAGAAGAGUGAUCUCAGUGAGUUAGAAAAAGAAAUAGAAAAGUCCAUUAGUAAGCUGCCUGUCCAUCACUUCUGUGAGGAGAAAAGCGAGAUAAAUUACUCAUGCAAAUUCCUUGACGUAUAUAAAGAAGGAAGUCUUCAUGGAUAUGUCUGUGCACUCAGAGUGGAGCGAUUCUGCUGUGCAGUGUUUGCUAAAGAGCCCAAUUCCUGGCAUGUGAAAGAUAACUGUGUAAUGCAGUUGACCACGGAAGAAUGGGUCCAGUUCAUGAUGGAUGCUGAGCCAGUUCUACCAGAAAGGAUGAUACAUGCUUCAGAAAUCCUCUAUGCGGAACGGUUCUUACAACAUGAAGAACUUGGACAAUUAAUAUACAAAGAAAUGGGCCCUGUCAGACAAGGUAAACUGAUCUUCUCUAAGAGCUGGUCUUUGGAUUUGGGCUUGCAAGAGAACCAGAAUGUCAUCUGUGAUGCUCUUCUGAUUUCCUUGGACAGUCCGCCAGUCCUAUGCACCUUACCUGGAGUACUGAAUGAGGAGUCAGAAAUCUAUUCUAGACAAACUGCCCUAACUUUGCAGAAGCUGGCAAAAAUUGCUGGUUACACUGAGAAAGUGUGUGUCAUGAUGAAGAUCUUCUGCUUGAGUCCUGAAGGCAAGGCAAGCUGCCCUUAUGAUUCAAGCUUGGAAAUAUUUUACCCUGACCCCUACUAUUCUAUAACCACUCAAACAAUGGAAAAUUUGCUGAAGGCCCUUUUUGUAGUCUCAAGGAGACUCAGAUCUUUUAGUUAGCAGUUUGCCUCUGACAUUUUCAACGUCUCUCCGAUGAUCAGUAUGGAUUGCUUUCAGAAGAAUGACUUAAGGAUAAUUAGAUCUUGUCCAAAGUGCAUUGAAUCAUGGAAAAUGGAUUGGGCUACAGAGACAUUUUUCAUGACAUAA